UCUUAAAAAAAAAGGGGAGAAAAUGGCGAUUGCUUCGUCUCUGCAUGCGAUCUCUCCGAUGGCGAAGAACUUCGGAGAUGGCCCUCGAUUGAAACAAACUCGUUCGAUCACUACUCGAUUUCGAGCAAGCUCUGAUACCCCCGUCCCUGAUUUCCUCUCUUCCGAUUGGUUUGAAUCCCGAAGGAAAAGGCCCUUUGGACCGCGGCUGAAUAUUAGUGCAGAGGAAGCUGUUCAAUGCCAGCUGGAUGCAUUGAAAUACAAUGACCAACCUCGCCCGGACUAUGGAGUGGAGGUCAUGUAUCGGUUUGCUGGAUUCGAUCCUUUCGAAAGAUCAACCUAUUUUGGGCCUUUCUUUGAUUUGGGACAGUUUGAACGGUUUAGAAGAAUUUUCCAUCAUUCGACUUAUCGAGUUCUUCUUUGCCACAAGGAAAGGAAGAUCUUAAGCAGUUUGUGGGUGCAAGAGGAUCGAUUCAAACAAAGAGUAUGGAUACAAGGAGCCCGUCCGGAAGAAGAAGAGGUCUUCGAAUUUACAAUGUUUCAGAGGGUUGGCGGUUCUUGGGAUGGAUACUGGUUAACAGAGAGUUUGAUUCAUGAUGGUGAUGGAUUUUCUGGUGGAGUUGCUUACUGAUGAUGCAUCUAAAUCAGUCCUUCUAAAUGUAUACAUACAUACAUAGUACAUACAUACAUAUAUACAUACAUAUACACACUACAAUUGAAUGUUGUAAAUAUGACUCAUGGUUGUGUUUAUAAUUCUAUGUAGAUAUUGUUCAAAUAAAGAAAUUAUUUAACGCUAA